AGCAACAACCAACAACAGGCAAUAAAGAAGAAGAGAAGCUGUGCAGAGGGAGAACCUGAAAAGAAGAAAAACGCAGAAGCUGAGCAGAGCCCUGGAGCAGCGAGGUUAAAGAAAAAGCAAAAUCUGGAAGCAGAAGCUGCGAAAAAAAAAAAACAGCUACAAACAGCGGGAAGUUGGAGCAGGACAGCAUCAAAAGCAGCUGAGAGGACAAACAGCCACAACAAAAACGGGAAAACAAAUCAAAACAUCAGCAAGAGAGAGCGCAGGAAUUCCAUUCCAGUAUCUCUCCCUUCCACCCAUCGUAAUUUAUUUUAUCCACCAGAGCACAAAAGGGAGGCGGAGAGGAGCCAAACACUUGAAGCAUUUGGGCUCUGUGAUACCGCAUUCAGGCACAGUUCGGCGGAGUCAGAGAACGAGGCCGGAACGACAAUGAUGUCGAUGAGCAGCUCCCCACCGGCUACGCCAACGGGCGUACAGACCGACUCCGAGGGCCUUAUAUUGCCCAAAAAGCUGAUCAAUCCCUGCAUUGAGAACACCGAUCGCAAGGAGCUGCAUCGAGAGCUGAAAUUCAAUGCCAGAAUUGGCAAGAGUGUGCUCAACCAGAAAUCGGAACUCCAGCGUGCCUACGACAAGCAGAAGGAGCGACAUGCGGCCGCCGAGCAUCAUUCCCCCGAUGCGGAACUGGUGGGCGGCAUACCCGGCCUCAAGGGAGAGCUUGGACGGGUCAUUUUGGAGCGGGCCCAGAAGCAUGAGGCGGCGGCUCAGAAGCAGGAUGCCGAUGAGGCCGAGGAUCGGCAGUAUGUUAAUCCCGAAUAUCUGAAUGUACGCGCCAAACUGCGCACGGCGAAUGGACCCAACUAGAGGAUGCCCCUCUUGACCCCCGACUCAUCAUAAUUAAUUUGUAAAGAGAGAGAUGUAACCAAAUUGGAACGUAAUAAGUUUAAAUGUGUUGACUUUGUGAACUGUUUUCAUUUUGAUAUUAUGCAAAACUAGUUGUAUCGUUUAAACCUAGACCUAAGCCAUUGACUUUACUUUAUUUUACUCUAGUGUUAGGUACUAAUUUUAGUUAUCGUUUAUUGGACUAAUUUCUCCCCCCCUUAAUUUCGAUGUGUGUGUAUAAACCAUUUGUAUAAAGUUUUCGUUUCUUAAAGAAGUCUAUUCUUCCAAAAAAAAAACAACAAAACAAAACAAACAAAUAUGUAUCUAGUGUAGUUAUAUGUGAACGUAUAUGAUGUAUCUAUAUCUAUAUCUAUAUACUAGUGAGAUCGAGAUAGUGCUGUAAACAGGGCAAAACGUGUUAGAUCGUAAGACAGAGAUAGAGACCGACCCGGGAAGAAUGAUAUUGAUCUAUAUAGAACAAAAAACUAUUUUAUGUCAAAAAAAAAAAAAA